UAGGUCUCUGAAAGAAUGGGCAGCAUAGGAAAAAGAGAGCUCUGCUGUGGCUCUAAUGGACCCCUACUGAUGUGCCAUGUGAGUAAACGAGAGUCACUGCUGCUGCUCUCGCGAUACUUCAUCAGCGGGUCGCGGAGCAGUAUGGCAGCCGUCGCGCUGAGGUCCUGCCGCAGAGGACUUUCACAGAUAUUAAGUAACGGAGGGCUCGCAGCUUUGUCUUCGAGGCGCCUGGAAGGUUUGUUCGAGUCUCCGCUUUUGGUACAAUUAAUUCCACAAGGCUUGAGUUUGAUACAAGGAGACAGGAGACACAAGUCCACAGUUCAGUAUGCUUCACGACCAGACCUUCCAAAGCUGGCCUACAGAAGAGUGAAGGGGAAGAGCCCAGGUGUGGUCUUCCUCCCAGGAUAUGGCUCCACCAUGAAUGGCCAGAAAGCUGAGGCUCUGGAGGAGUUCUGUAAGUCUCUAGGACACUCAUACCUUAGGUUUGAUUACACAGGACAUGGGGCCUCAGAGGGGGUGCAAGCAGAAGGAACUAUUGGUACCUGGAAAAAAGAUGUACUUUUUGUGUUGGAUGAGUUAGCAGAGGGGCCUCAGAUAAUGGUGGGUUCCAGUAUAGGUGGUUGGCUCAUGCUGCUGGCAGCCAUUGCAAGACCAGAGAAGACUGCAGCACUGGUGGGCAUCUCCACUGCUGCUGACCACCUUGUCACAUCGUUCAACUCUCUUCCUCUGGAGACACGCAAGGAGUUUGAGGAAAAGGGUGAGUGGAUCGUGCCCACCAAACACUCAGAGGAGGGUCUUUACAAAUUUAGCAUGGACUUUCUGCACGAGGCAGAAAAUCACUGUGUGCUCCAGAGUCCCAUCCCCAUCACCUGUCCCGUUCGGCUCAUUCAUGGGCUUAAAGAUGAUGACGUCCCCUGGCACAUCUCCAUGCAGGUUGCAGAACGCGUCCUCAGCCCUGACGUGGAUGUCAUCCUUCGGCGACAUGGCCAGCACCGUAUGUCUGACAAGGACGAUAUCAAACUCAUGGUCUACACUAUUGACGAUCUCAUAGACAAGCUGACCACUUUGGUCUGAGUGAGCUUGAGAGGUUGCUGAGAUAAGGCGAGAAGGACUGUGUUUACUGGGAAGUCAGCCCUCUAAAAAUUUACCAAACAGUGGCAUGUGUCUCGCCAAAUGUGACCUUUUAUCCAUCUGUUAUUCUCCCUGUACAUGAUCUGUCAUUUUCACAUGCCGUUACAGUGCAAACUAUAUUGAAAGGGAGCUCUCCUGCUAGUUGUUCCCUUAUAUCUUCAGGUUGCAUUUGUGUGUUCCAGGUUAUAAUAUGGAGUGUUAUGUUUGCCUUUAUUAGGUCUGCAAUUGUUGCUGUUUCUUAUCGUUUGACUGUUUUCCUCUUCCUCUUAGACACAUAG